AUGAAAGAGGAGACCCCGGGGGGGACCCCUGCCACGUGCGUACGGGCGCAGCUGGGGGGCCGCGCAGAGGACAUCACCUCAAGGCUAGCCCCCGUCAUCAAAAGGGAAGGUCGUGGGUGGUCGGCGGACCCGGAAGGAACGCCGCGCGGGCAGCACGGGCAUUGGAGGCUGUGGCAGGCGUGGGGGGGUCGCGCGGGUCUGGGGCACGGAGGCAGGUGCACGGCGGCGGCGCUGCGGCCGGGAGGGACGGAAAAGCGUGUAAUAAUAAUAAUAAUAAUAUAG